UGGAGUUUGGUUAGACCUGAAGAACAGGGACUAACGAGGGCGUGCUCCAUUCCUCCGGGCCCCUCCUCCUACCUGCUCCCCUCUGAAAACUCAUCUGACCAGAUGAGAGGAGCCAGAGGAGAGAACACAAUACACACAGAGCUCUUUCACGACUACAGAGAGACCAGUUUCCUUUGAAUCAACUCCGAGAGGAAAUCAUCGCGUGAACAAUGGUGUCUGCUGGGUUCCAGAUCCUGGGCACCGCUCUGGGGAUCCUGGGAUGGAUUGGCGCCAUCAUUACCUGCGCCCUUCCCAUGUGGAGGGUCACGGCUUUUAUCGGCAGCAACAUCGUCACCUCGCAGGUCUCCUGGGAGGGUAUUUGGAUGAGCUGUGUGGUCCAGAGCACAGGCCAGAUGCAGUGUAAGGUGUACGACUCCAUGCUGGCCCUCAGCUCCGACCUGCAGGGGGCCCGGGCCUUGACCGUCAUCGCGGUGGUGGUGGGCAUCAUGGCUAUCCUGCUCGCCGUAGCGGGCGGGAAAUGCACCAACUGCGUUGAAGACCCCAAUUCGAAGGUCAAGGUGGGGAUCGCCUCGGGGGUUGUCUUCCUCAUAGCUGCCAUCCUGUUGCUCGUCCCCGUCUGCUGGACGGCCCACACCGUCAUCCGGGACUUCUACAACCCUCUCUUGGUCCAAGCCCAGAAACGAGAGCUGGUAAGCAUGGCUUCUCAGGGCCUCCAGAUCCUGGGUGUGCUGCUGGCCUUCCUUGGUUGGUUGGGCACCAUCGUCACCUGCGCUCUUCCCAUGUGGAGAGUCACUGCGUUCGUUGGGGCAAACAUUGUGACCGCGCAGGUGAUCUGGGAGGGCCUGUGGAUGACGUGCGUGGUCCAGAGCACGGGGCAAAUGCAGUGCAAGGUGUACGACUCCAUGCUUGCGCUACCUCAGGAUCUGCAGGCCGCGAGGGCCAUGGUGAUCAUUGCUGUGAUUGUCGGGGUGUUGGGCAUGCUCAUGGCCGUGGUCGGAGGGAAGUGCACCAACUGCAUGGAGGAUGGAGCGUCCAAAGCCAAAGCCUGCAUCGUGUCAGGAGUGAUUUUCAUCAUCGCUGGCUUGAUGAUCAUGAUUCCAGUCUCGUGGUCGGCUCAUUCAGUUAUCAGGGACUUUUACAACCCCCUGGUGAUCGCCGCUCAGAGACGGGAGCUAGGUGCCUCGCUUUACAUCGGUUGGGGCGCUGCAGGGUUGCUGCUGCUGGGAGGGGGCCUGCUCUGCAACAACUGCCCCCCGAAGGAUGACAGACCUUAUGCACCUGCCAAGUUUUCCCCUCCAAGAACCGGAUCUUCCAAUGUGGACUAUGUGUGAGUCACCUGGCUGCAGAGUGCAGCUCAUUGUGUGAUUGGUUGAGUAAUGCCGCGUUCCAUUUGUCCUCGGAAGUCGGAAUUUCCCAGUUCCCAGUCGGAAUUUUCAACUGGGACGCCCCUCGAAGUGGGAUUUCCUACUGGGAAAUUGGGAGAAGCUUCACCACCCCCGAGUUACCAUUCCAAGAAGGCUGCCCUUCCCAGUUCCCAGUUCCGAUUUCCGAGGUAAAUGGAACGCGGCAUAAGAACACCUCCUUCAGUUUCUAAACAAUGGAUGAUUUUUUUUUAAGAAAAUGUUGCUGUUAAAACUCAUAAAAUGAAACAUUUGAUAUCUAUUUUUAAUCAAUAGUUCCCUGCUGUUGUAGAUUUUAUUCAUAUGUACAUUAAAUACUGUAAUAUGAAAUUUUAUGAUAUGAUAAAUAAGAACCUUGAAACUGUAAGAACGACUGUGAGAAACUGAACAAACCCCCUGAAAUCUGUAGAUUUUCUUCUUUUGUUGCUUUCUUUUUUCUUCCACCUGAAUAGUAGUUUCAAAUGUCAGCAAUAACUCUUUGUUCGUACUGCGGCAAACUUCUUCUAUUGUACUCCACUGUAAUAA